AUGACCAGAGCAGCCGCGUCCCUGGUCCUGGUGGCCUUGUCCUCCACCUUUACUAAAUAUGUCCCCAAAUCUGGCCAGAGGAUCCCUCAGUCGCUGUCUCGAGGUUGGGGCGACCAGCUGAACUGGGCUCAGACGUACGAGGAGGCUCUGUCCUUGUCUCGGUCCACGAACAAGCCUCUGAUGGUCCUGUUCCACCUGGACGUCUGUCCUGCAGCACUCAAGCAGGCCUUGGCUCACGACGAUGAGAUCCAGAGGAUCCUGGAUGAGGACUUUGUGGUCCUCAAUGUGAUUCAGGAAACCGUAGAUCAAAACAUGUCCCCUGAUGGAAAGUACGUCCCCAGGAUCAUGUUUGUGGGGUCGUGGCAGCCGAAAGUUACCUACGUGCAGAAUGUAGACCCCGGGGUGUCUUACCUGGAGCCCUUCUCCAAGGAAAAAGACAAUACAGAAAACGGGGGAGACUACAAAACACAGUCGGUGGGGACAGACCCCUCCAUGACGGUGAGAGACGACAUCAUUGGACGCUACUCCAACCGCCUGUACGCCUAUGAACCAGGUGAUGUGAAACUCUGUAAGUGCUCCAGCUAA